UCAAGACUGCCCUAACAUGGCCAUUCAUUGAGCCUUUUAUAGAGAAAAAAGGAGGUGAACCCCUCUCCACUUUCUUGGUCUAUAAAUACCUAUAAAUAGGAAAAUAUUAACAAAAAAAAAAAUUAUGCCCUUUGUCUGUCCACACACAAGUAUAUAUUCUGGGGAGAAUCCUCUGAGUAAGAGGUUGCGUUCAACUGCUCAGGAGUGGAUACCAAGGGGCUUAAUUCUUGAGACAUGGUGGUGUGAAUUGACUCUUUAGUAGAGAUGGAGGCUCAUGUACAUCUGAAGAGCAGGUUUCUAUUGGUAAUUUGUUGUUUAUCGGUGCCUUUGGCAGUUUUAGGAGGCCAGAAUGGAACUGCUCCUUCCAGACCGAGGGUCGUGAAUAUUGGAGCUUUGUUCGUGAUGAACUCAGUUAUUGGACGGUCUGCUAGGCCAGCCAUUAAAGCUGCUGUGGAUGAUGUGAAUUCUGAUUCGAGCAUUCUUAGUGGCACCACGUUGAACCUCAUAGUUCAAGAUACAAAUUGCAGCGGAUUCAUUGGCACUGUUGAUGCUUUGCAGCUGAUGGAAAGAGAUGUAGUGGGUGCAAUUGGUCCACAAUCCUCUGGAAUAGCACACGUAAUUUCUCACAUUGUGAAUGAACUUCAUGUCCCGCUUUUGUCAUUUGGGGCAACAGACCCGACUCUUGCUUCUCUGCAGUACCCAUACUUUGUUCGAACAGUCACGGAUGAUUACCACCAGAUGCGAGCUGUUGCUGAUCUUGUCGAGUAUUUUGGAUGGAAGGAGGUGAUUGCUAUCUACGUUGAUGACGAUAAUGGUAGAAAUGGGAUUUCAGCAUUGGGCGAUGCUCUUUCCAGGAAGCGUGCCAAGAUAUCUUACAAAGCAGCCUUUUCUCCCGUGGCCUCGAGGAAUGAGAUGUAUAACGUGUUAGUGAAUGUGAAUCUGAUGGAAUCUCGAGUGUAUGUAGUGCAUGUAAAUCCUGAUUCUGGGCUGUCGCUUUUUUCAGUAGCAAAGAGUCUUGGUAUGAUGUCGAGUGGGUAUGUUUGGAUUGCUACAGAUUGGCUUCCUUCUGUUCUAGACUCUUCGGAGUCAGUUGAUCCCGACACCAUAAAUGUGUUACAAGGGGUUAUUGCACUCCGCCACCACACCCCAGACACCGAUCAGAAGAAAAAGUUUGCUUCUCGCUGGAGAAAUCUUAAGGAGAAAGAAACCUCGAGCUUUAACUCAUAUGCACUCUAUGCUUAUGAUUCGGUGUGGUUACUUGCACAUGCUCUCGAUCGUUUUUUCAAUGAAGGUGGAAAUGUUACGUUUUCUGAUGACCCGAGGUUGCAGGAUACCAAAGGCAGUUCCCUGCAUUUGUCAUCUCUCCGUAUUUUCGACCAGGGCCAGAAAUUACUCGAGAUACUUACUAGUGUUAACUUCACUGGUUUAACCGGACAAGUUGAGUUCGAUGCAGAUAGGGAUCUGAUUCAUCCCGCAUUUGAUAUCCUCAACAUUGCUGGAACUGGAUCACGGUUGCUAGGUUAUUGGUCAAAUUACUCUGGGCUAUCUCAAGUUACUCCCGAGAUUUUGUAUGCAAUGCCUCCAAACUCUUCAACCAGUAGCCAACAUCUAAACGGCGUUAUAUGGCCUGGUGAAGUUACACAGCAACCCCGGGGAUGGGUAUUCCCCAAUAAUGGAAAGCCUUUGCGUAUUGCAGUCCCCAACCGUGUUACUUAUCCUGUGUUUGUUAGUAAAGAAAAAGGACCUUCUGGGGUGAGAGGAUACUGUAUCGACAUAUUCGAAGCUGCUGUACAGCUCUUACCUUACCCCGUUCCUCACGUCUAUGAAUUGUAUGGAGAUGGCAAACGAAACCCCUCGUUCAACAGCAUUGUCGAAGAUGUUGCAAAACAAAAAUAUGAUGCAGCUGUUGGGGAUGUUACGAUUACCAUGAACCGGACAAGAAUGGUGGACUUUACUCAGCCUUAUAUCGAAUCGGGACUAGUGGUAGUUGUGCCUGUCAAAGAGGGUAAAUCCAAUCCGUGGGCUUUUCUCCAACCAUUUUCACUGCAAAUGUGGUGUGUCACUGGGGCUUUCUUUCUCUUUGUUGGCACUGUUGUUUGGAUUCUUGAACAUCGGCUUAAUCAGGAGUUUCGUGGCUCACCACGACAACAACUUGUCACUGUCUUCUGGUUUAGUUUCUCGACAAUGUUCUUUGCACACAGGGAGAACACUGUGAGCACGUUAGGACGAUUGGUGCUGAUUCUGUGGCUCUUUGUGGUUUUGAUUAUAAACUCGAGUUACACAGCUAGCUUGACUUCAAUCCUCACAGUCCAGCAGCUAUCCACAGGCAUUCAAGGGAUUGACAGCUUGAUCUCGAGCUCUGAUCCUAUAGGAAUCCAAGAUGGGUCGUUUGCGUAUAACUAUCUCAUUGAAGAGAUGAAUGUGGCAGAAUCCCGCCUUCGGAUCUUGAAAAAGCCAGAUGACUAUAUCGAUGCUCUAAAGAAAGGUCCGAAAGGCGGUGGAGUUGCAGCAAUCGUCGAUGAGCUUCCAUACAUCGAGGUUUUCCUGUCCAACACGAAAUGCGAUUUCAGGAUUGUUGGCCAGGAGUUCACAAAGAGUGGAUGGGGGUUUGCAUUUCAAAGGGACUCCCCGCUGGCGGUUGAUAUGUCAACUGCAAUCCUUCAACUGUCAGAAAACGGCGACCACCAAAGAAUCCAUGACAAAUGGCUGUCUAAAGAAGGCUGCUCACCAGAGACCGAGGUGGACGAUAGCAGGCUUUCCCUGAAGAGCUUCUGGGGGCUGUUCCUCAUCUGUGGGGUCGCCUGUUUCCUCGCGCUCCUCGUGUUCUUCUGCAGGGUGUGCUUGCAGUACCGUCGUUACACCCCUGAGCAAGAGAUGGAUCAGGUCGCCAAUGAACCCGAAACUACCCAGUGUAGCGGUGGCACCCUUCGUGCUCCCAGCUUCAAAGACCUGAUAGAUUUUGUUGACAAGAAGGAAGCUGAGAUCAAGCAAAUGCUGAAGAGGAAAACCAGUGGCAACAAGAGACAACUCGAUCAAAGUGAAGAUGGCCACCCUAGUUCGCCGGUAUAAACAACAUCUGAUCUUUUUGGUCUUGUUAUGUAAAUGGUACGUUCAUACAUUUUAUUGUGACACCAGAGAUUUUAGGCACAGAACAGCAGAAUUAUGUCUUGAAGAAGGCAAAGAUGGAUGGAAUAUCACUUCUAGAUUUGACAUUACUUGUUUAAUAAAGUGAUAUUUGCAUCAAAAGGUUGCAUUAAUGUACCCAAAGACCUUGGUUCAAGUGAAGGGGAGGGGAAGCCUGGCCUAUGAGGUCCA